UGUGGUUCCGGUUGUAACUUCAGUUACCGGUUAUGAACAGUUCCAAUGUUAUCACUCAAAUGAAGUCAAAUGUUUUUGAAUAUUUAGAUUUAAGGUUAUUUUUUUUUGCGAUGCAUGUGUUGGUCGUUGUGUCAAAACUUUAAUUAGUUAUUUCAAGAAACUUAUAAUAUGGCUAGUAAAAUUCAUCGAGUGCGAUUUUAUAAUCCACAACCACAGGCCAUUAACUGCAUCUCCUUCAACAAAACUUCUAAACAUUUGGCUCUUGCUAGAGAUGACGCCAGUAUUGAAAUAUGGGACUUAAAUUAUGCACCGUAUCUCAUAAAAUUUAUACCAGGCGUAAAAGAUGGAUCUGUAGAAGCGUUAGGAUGGGUACAUAACCGUCUGUUGUCGACUGGUCUCGGGGGUGCGCUUAUUGAGUGGGACCUCGAUAAACUGUGUCCUAAAAAAACUGUACUCUUGACUGGUUCUGCAGCAUGGUGUCUCGACGUCAAUCCCCGCAACACCUUAGCAGUAGUUGGCACUGAAAAUGGUUACAUUAAUCUAUAUGAUGUUGAGUGUGAUGACAUUGUUUAUAAGAAACUAUUUGAUAAGCAAGAAGGAAGGAUAUUGUGUUGUAAGUUCAAUCAAGAAGGAAAUAUGCUUGUGACAGGAUCAGUUAACACAAUCAGAGUAUGGAAUGUGGAGACGGGUCAAGCCACAGCUCGCAUGUCAGUCAGCAGGAGAGGAAAAGAUGUAAUAGUUUGGGCACUUGCUGUUUUAUCUGACAACACCGUUAUAUCUGGGGACAGUCAAGGACGCCUUACAUUUUGGGAUAGCACUCUUGGUGAUCAGAUUGAAUCAUACAUAACACACAAAGCGGAUAUAUCUGCUAUAGCUGUGUCAGAAGAUGAGAAGAGUUUGUAUUGUAGUGGUGUUGAUCCUGUCAUAACAAUGUUUGUAAAAAUAGAGAAAAUUAAUAAUGAACAAUCUGAGGUGCAGUGGGUGAAAAAUGUUCAGAGGCACAUACAUGAACAUGAUGUCAGAGGCCUUGUAUUGAAUCAAAAACAAUUAAUAUCAGUGGGGAUUGAUGGCUACCUUACAUUCUCGAGUUUCCCUCCUAAAUGGGUUAUGAGAAUACCACACAUGCUCCCUGCACCGCGAUCAUCAGUAUGCACAAGCAAAAAGCUUUUGCUAUUGAGGUAUAGCAACCAUCUAGAAGUAUGGAAAUUAGGAUCAUAUGCAGUUAACAAUAGUGGAAAUGCCAUGAUAAGCGACACAGAACAUAGAAACAAUGACAACUACCAAGAUAAUAAUAUAGAGGAAGAUUUUGCUACAGCUGGAAUAGAAACACUAAAUAUGACUAUUAAAAAACAGACUCUGAAAGUUAUAGAUGCACCAGUAAAAGUUGUCUCUGUACAGACAAAAAGGAGUCAGCAGAUACAAUGUUGUGAACUGUCACCGAAUGGAGAGUUUAUAGUAUAUUCCACUAGCACAGAUAUUAGAAUGCUCAAAUUGGAAAUGGAUGAAGAUCAAAGUAAUAUUUCAUUGUCAAAAGUGAUAGUGAGUGGCGUGCCUGUUCCUUGUGAUCGCGUAGCGUUUUCACAAGACUCGCAACGCAUGGCGGCUCACAGCGCCGGCACAAUAUACGUGUUACAAGUUGACGCGGAGGCCGGUGCGGCUGUUAUACAGACGCUAUCUAUGGAAAAACAAUUGAAGAGUAAAUCAAUAUUACAUCUGUUAUUAUCGGAUAAAACCGAAUCGGGUGUGACAUAUUUAGUGGUGGCCGAUUCUCAUGGUGUGAUCGCCGUGUGGACACACAGUAAGAAGAAAUACGAACACUACGUCACGUUGCCGAAUUAUCAUUGUGUGCCGUCAGCCAUUACUGUAGACAUUGAACGGGAACAUCUGAUUGUUACUUAUGUCGAUCAAAAGAUAGUAGAAUACGGAUUGAAAAACAAAAAGUUUACGGACUGGCCCGGUUCAGCAUUGCCGUCGGAAUGGCUGUCGCGAAAAUCGGCCGUCGACUCAAUUAUUCUACAUCCUAAGGGAGAUUCUGUUAUAUUUCAAGAUGCCACGUCAUUAUGGAUUAUGGAUAGAGAGAUGAAGUCUCGAGUCGAACCUGCACCGAAGAAACGAUAUUGUCAACCAGAUGACACGAACCUCGGUCUUCGAAUUUUACCCGUUAAGUACCUCGCUGGAUUCCACUGGCUGGACCAACAGGAAGCAGUGUCUAUAGAAGUGCUUCCUGAAAACAUCGUAGCGCAAUUACCGAUGAUCGUCAUUACGAAUAAAAAGAGAGACAAAUAAAUAUUUUUUUUAAACAAA